AUGAAACAAAAACACCUGGUGCCAUGGAGCAUGAGCUGGUGCUGCAUCAGCUGCGAUGCAAUGGUGUGCUGGAAGGGAUCAGGAUUUGCAGGAAAGGAUUCCCCAGCAGAGUCCUGUAUGCUGACUUCAAACAGAGAUACAGAGUGCUUAAUAUAAGUGCUAUUCCAGAAGGUCAGUUCAUGGAUAGCAAGAAGGCUUCGGAGAAGCUUCUUGGGUCCAUUGAUGUGGACCACACCCAAUACAGAUUUGGUCACACCAAGGUGUUCUUCAAAGCUGGGCUG